UCGAUCUUUUUCGUCGCUAUAUACAUUCCGUCAACAACAUGUCUGGUCGUGGUAAAGGAGGAAAGGUUAGAGCAAAGGGAAAGAGCAGAAGCAGUCGCGCUGGACUGCAGUUCCCUGUUGGACGUAUCCAUCGUCUGCUUCGCAAGGGCAACUAUGCCGAGAGGGUUGGCGCUGGAGCUCCCGUCUACCUGGCUGCCGUCGUUGAGUACCUGACCGCUGAGGUGCUCGAGUUGGCCGGUAACGCUGCUCGCGACAACAAGAAGUCAAGAAUUAUCCCACGUCAUCUGCAGCUGGCCAUUCGCAACGACGAGGAGUUGAACAAGCUGCUUUCCGGAGUCACCAUCAGCCAGGGAGGUGUCCUGCCCAACAUCCAGGCUGUGCUGCUGCCAAAGAAGUCUGCCAAGGCUCAUUAAAUGGGAAUCAGCGCCUGUACCAAUGAAACCAACCGGCCCUUUUCAGGGCCACCAUUUCUUCCCAGAAAUGAUUUUCUACAUUUGCAAUUCAUCAUUAUUAUAUUAUUUGAACGGGCCAAGUGCAUGCGAUAUAGGCUACAUGUUUUUUGACACCAAUAGCGGCAUCGUGCUUCUACUACACGUUAUGCUGACACCGUAAAUCAUUGGAAACUAUGCCUGCACAAACAGAGCUCUCAAUAGUGGACAUGGACAAAAGUGGAACGCAUGCAUAUACACAUAUAACAGUGUCAAAAUGUGCCAUUUCCAUUUCAUGUUAUCUGCUAAUAGUUGUUCCUAGUUAUCAGGAGGGCAUAGUCCAAUACUGUGUACUCACACAUGCAGCAGUUGUAUCCCCGUGUUACACUCUGAUAGUUUAGUAAGCACCUCCAGUGUCCAGUCUUAUCACCGAUGUAUAUAUCGCUAUGGUAAAAUCUUUGUAGCCAG